AAAAAAAAAUAAUGAUCUGUUUAAGGAAGCCUCUGUGCGAAAAAGAGGCUCUACGGGACGUUCCCAUUCUCGUCCUUAUACAGCUUGCCUGAGCCAGCUGUUUUCUUCUUCAUCUCUCUCUCUCUCUCUCUCUCGCGUCGAACUCUUUUCCUCGCUCUCAAAUUCCUUUCCUCUAUCAAAUCGUCGGCAUUGUCUACAUUUCCGAUCAUUCGAAAUCUCCGGCGACAAGCCUGAUCUCAAGCCGUGAUUCGUCGGUGCAAGCUGUGAAAAUGCCGGUGGAGGUGGAGAGAGACCAAGGAGAGGUGUCGGUGAAGGUUGAUAUGGAGAAUGCCGCUGAGAACAAACAGGAGGUGGUAGCUCCGGCCUCCAAAGAGGACGCUGGGGAUGAGAUCAGCCGUGGCGGCAACAAUGGCAACGGCAACGGCAACGGUAGCGGAAACGAGAAGGAGGAUACCGAUGGUUCCUACGUUUUCGUUACGGAGAACGAUACCGUGGGAGAUGAUCCCGUCGUGUCUGAUUCUGUUGAGGCGGUUGAUGAUUCCACUGUGGAGAAAGAUCUAAAGGAGGGAGAGGUUCUGAAUCCUGAGGAAGGUAAGGUGGAGGCUACAAGUAGUCAAACGGUGGAAGUUUCUGGACAAGAGAAGGCAAUUCAUGGACCAGAGGAAGUCGUUGAGAUCCCAAAGUCAGAUCUUCUUGAGAAAAGUGUGGAUCAAGAGAAUCCUGGUAAUGGGCAUCUUGACAUUGGGCUUGAUGGUAAUGUGGAAUCUAUUGAGGAAGUGGAUCAAGAUUCUGAAGUUGGAUCCAGGGAUAUUCCAGAGAAUAAUGCCGAGGAUCCUGCGGAUUUGCAGGGAAAGCCUGAAGAUAAAAUCGAAUCUGAGAUUAAAACAGAUGUGGAGGGACAUCAAGGGGAUAUAACUGAAGCUCAAGAAAAAUCUGAUCUGGACGUAGAUAUGGCUGAAGCUCAAGAAAAAUCUGAUCUGGAUGUAGAUGUUUCUGAAGAUCUCCAACAUAACGAAGACGUAGCAAAGCCUUCCCUAGGUGAUUCAGAUGAGGGAAGUGAGUCUAAGGUUUCUCCAACUGACCAUAAUGAUGGAGGCAUGGGUCUGGAACAACCUACGCUAACAGAUCCAGCUGAUACCGUUAAUGGAUCUGAAACUGUGAAUGAUCGCACUGGAUCUGAAACUGUAGCAGUUUUGGAACCUGUUUCUGCUGAGAACGGUCACCCUCAGUUAGAGUCAGAGGUUGAGAAAACUGGUGAUGCUCCGUUCACUUCAGAGGCGGAAAAGGUCAAUGCUUCUGAUGGUGAUGUGUUGCCAGAAUCUGGAACCGUGGAGGUUGGUGUAUCAGAGGUAAGUACUGACGUCCCGAAUGAUAGUCAAACUCUCACCGACGUCAGCUUGGAAUCCCACACAUCUGGCGAAGAUGGUGUUGUUGAAAAUGGUAAUAGCAACCCAGAAUCUGAAGCGAUUCAGGACAGUGAUUUUGUUGACAACAACAAGGUGCAAUCUGAAGCUAAAGCUGUUGAAGCUUCUGUUUUUGACGAGAGUAUGACUACUCAUCAAGAAUCUCAAGAUGCCAGCGAACCUGCUUGUAAUGAAGAUGGAAAACAACAGAUAGCAUCUGAAGUUACGGAAGUUCUUGAUGCCCCUGCUUCAGAAGAAAGCAGUGAUGCUGUCAUUGUUUCCAAAGAUAGUGUUCUGGUAGCUCCCGUUUCUGAUGACUUAUCUUGUACUAAACAGCAGGAAUCAGAACGUGGUGAGAUAUCUGGGAUUGUUGAAAAACUUCCAUCCCAUGAGCUACAUGAAGAUGCAACUUCUGGCAAUAAUCCAAGUGUAUAUCUAAACGAUGACACCAGAAGUCAAGGUUUCUCAGAGGAUCAUGGUGUUGAUACGAACCAGAAGAUCCAAGAUGAUAGCAGUGUUCAGUCAAAAGAAGUUACCGACGUGAAUGAAAAACAUGCUCCAGUUGAGAAAGUUCAAGAGAACAACUCCGAAAGGGACUUAGAUACUGGCGGUGAUGUUUGUCUAACCUCUGCUGAGGAAGUGAAAGAGUUACCUGCAGGGGAUCUUUCUGGGAAUGAGAGUGCUGUCACCAUCUCUACAAACGUCAAUAGAUCAUCGAGCUUGUUGGAUUCCAAAACCGCUGUCUCUGAGUUGGCAGAAAGCUCAGCAGAAGGACCGGUUGGAGACACAGGCGCCGUUGCGACGAAAUCUGAAGCUGCGCAACCAGUUAAAGAAAGCACUGAACCACAUGUUGUUGCGCCCGCUAUUCAAUUUGGUGAAAUAAACAGAGAAGUCCAUUGUUGUUCAGAAGUGAAUGUUCCCAUCCCUGUUGAUGUGCGUGAGGAUACACCUUCGGAAGAAGUUCCUGAGAUAAAUGACGCGGACAUAAAAGAUAGAUCUGUGAUGAAAACAGAUGAAGAAAUCGAUUCGAAUACUGAGAGCCUUGACAGCACAAAAGCCCCUCUUGACAACAAUGAUCUAAUAAAGGUAAGCAAAGAGAAGGAUUCGAGGGAGGAAAAAAAUGAGACAGAUGGCGCCACUGCCUCAGUUGCAUCUGAAACCAAGACUUGUGCAGAGGAUCUUGAAUCUAAAGUGGUUACAGCUAGUGAUACCAAACAUACAGGAGCUACAGACUGCGUGGAAAGCCAACAUGUUGAAAUCAAAGGAGGAGAUGCUGCUAAAACAGAUGAUAAAGUAGAAGGUUCAGCGCUUGAUGCUUCUGAAGGAAACACUGUAGCGGCAGAGAUAGAGAAAAGACCAUUCUACUUUCUGCCUAGAGUUCCAAGAUAUGAUGACGAGAAGUUAGCUGAGCAACUCAAGCAUGCUGAAGCGCAGGUUGAUCAAAAAACACAGAGUCGGGAUGCUCUUAGAGAGGACAUCCAAAAGAUACGCGCAACAUGCAAGGACUAUGAUAUCAGUUACAAGGCGGCCAUGGCAGAAGAGAGAUCUGCAAGAAAAGCAAUGCAUUCUAAACGGCAGGAAAUUGAGGCCCUUCAGUCUGUGAUUAGCCGGGUUAAGAGUGCUGCCUCUGUUGACGAUAUUGAUUCAAGGGUGAAUAAUAUGGAACACAUGAUACAACACGAAACUCUAUCUCUGAGUGAAGAAAAAGGAUACAUUCGGGAAAUAAAGCAGUUGAAGCAACUCCGUGGUCAGAUAUCUUCGAGUAUGGGUACCAAGGAUGAAGUUAAGCAAGCAUUAGAUGACAAAGAGAAAACGGAAGAGCGUUUGAAGAUGUUGAGAAAGGAACUUGACGUCCUCAGAAGCGAUCUCUCAAAAGUCGAAGCAGUCACAAAAGCUGCUAAGAAAAAGUGUGAUGAGGAAUGGGAAGUGCAGAAUAAACUGCAACAACAGUUCAGAGCUGCUGAUGCCGUUCGCCAGGAAGCAUUUGUGCACCUACAGGAUUUGAAGAAACAACAACGAGAAAAGAACAAAUAUUUCUUCAAGUAUAGAGAUGAUUCAAGGGCAGCAAAUGAAAUGGCUUUGAAGAAAGACAGGGCAGCCCUGCAAAGCCUUUGUUCUGACCAGGUGGAGAAUUUCAUGAAUAUGUGGAACAACAACGAAGAGUUCCGUAGCUACUACGUAAGAUGCAACACAAGGAGUACGUUAAGAAGAUUAGGAACACUAGAUGGGCGAUCUCUUGGCCCUGAUGAGGAACCACCCCGGAUCGCUUAUGCUGCAAGAACGGACAAAUUUAGAACUGUGAGUGACAGGGCAGAGAAACAUGAGACAGCUCCACCAGUUUUAGCAAAACAAGAGAAGGUCGUUAAAUUUGAAGGUUCAAAAGUUGAAAACAGUGGAAAGGAUAUUCCAAAACCGGCUGAACAGAAGAGCCAGACCACGAAACCUAAGAAGGCCGUCAAACCAGACCAGCCUCCACAAAUUGUCAAGGAAUUGGUGUCUGCAAAAGAGGAGAUAGAGAAGUCAGCAACAAAGGAAGAAGAAGAAGAGACACCUAAGUUAGCCAAAGAGGAAGAGGAACAGAUUAAGAAAGAAGAGGAGAAGAGGAAACCAAAGGAAGCAGCGAAGAUGAAGGAGCAGCAUCGCUUGGAGGAAAUAGCCAAAGCGAAAGAGGCAAUGGAGAGGAAGAAGAAGAGAGAAGAAAAAGCAAAAGCAAGAGCUGCUCUUAAGGCUCAGAAGGAAGCUGAAGAAAAGGAAAAGGAACGAGAAAAGAAACUAAGGAAGAAGGAGAGAAGAAAGGGAGUUAUUACAUCAGAAGAGACAGCAGAAAACCCAACUGAGACAUCAGAAGCUGUAAUCGAAACUCCAAGGGAGAUUGAUAUUCCAAAGAAACAAACCGCUGAGGAGAGCCAACAAAUCAAGAAGUCCCACAAACCAUCAUCACAGUUUCUCAAACAAAACAAGUCGAAAUCUAUUCCGCUACCUUUGAGGAACCGAGGAAGCAAGAAAAAACUGAAGCAGUGGAUGUGGAUUGGACUCAUAGUUCUGGUCGCCCUCGCAUUGUUCCUUCUCGGUAACGCAAAUCUCUCCUUCUCUCCCGAAAAUCUAUGGUUUAUAUAAAAAAGAGAAAUGAUGAAAGUGGCACACUCUCUCACACACUUUCCCUUCGUGCUUUUCUAUAGUAAGUUUUGUUUGGAUCCUCAUCUUUAAUUAGUUUGGGUUGUGUUUGGUGUUUUCUAUUUAUUCUGUUCUUAAAAGUGGAAGCUCUGAUUCAUUGAUUUCACACAGACAACAGACAUUAGAUUGGUUUUGCUUGCUUGGUAUUGUCUAAGAAACACGACUUUAAGUUUUGUUUUUAUACCAUAAUAUAUUAUUAUAGCAA